CUGGACAUGGAUCACCUGCUGCUGCUGCUCCUGCUGUGGAGCUCAGGAGUCACGACUGAAGGAGGACAAAGUUCAACAGAGCACGAUUAUGUCAGGUUGGUGGGAGGAGCCAGUCACUGUGCAGGUACACUGGAGGUGAAACACCUGGGAGAAUCGAGACCAGUCAUUGGCUCUCUCUGGAACCUGAAGAAAGCAGCUGUUGUCUGUGAACAUCUGGACUGUGGCUCUGCUGCUUCUGUACGAGAGAGAAAGAAAACCUCCGACACAGCUGUGUGGAAAAUAAAUCCUAACUGUGUGCAGUCUGAACCUGAUAUGAAGUGUGCAGAAUCACAUAACUCUUCCUCGAGUCUGGACAUCACCUGUUCAGACUCUGUCAGGCUGCUGAACGGUUCCAGUCUGUGUUCAGGCAGACUGCAGGUGAAGUCUAACCAGAGAUGGUCCUCAGUGUGUGAAGAUGACUUUGACCUGCAGGAUGCAGAGGUGGUCUGCAGGGAGCUUGGCUGUGGGCCUCCUUCACUCCUCCAGGGGGCGCUCUAUGGAGAAGUGGAGGCUCCAGUGUGGAGCAGAGAGUUCCAGUGUGGAGGCCAUGAGUCUGCUCUCCUGGACUGUGGAAGCUCAGGCUCAGCCAGAAGCAGCUGCUCACCUGGCAAAGCUGUUGGACUCACCUGCUCAGAGCCUGUCAGGUUGGUGGGAGGAGCCAGUCGCUGCACAGGUACACUGGAGGUGAACCUUGGAGAAUGGAGACCAGUGGAUGGGUAUGACUGGACCCUGAAGCAAGCAGCUGUUGUCUGUGAACAUCUGGACUGUGGCUCUGCAGUUUAUGUAGGAGAGAGAAAGUCCUCAAAGAGAUCUGUGUGGGAGAUCAAACCUGACUGUGUUCAGGCUGGAGCUGCUCUGAGAGAGUGUGCACUAUUAUAUCAUAGUAACAAAAUCAGUUCCUUUAUGCUUGCAUCGACUCACGUCCUGGAUCUCACCUGUUCAGACUCUGUCAGGCUGCUGAACGGUUCCAGUCUGUGUUCAGGCAGACUGCAGGUGAAGUCUAACCAGAGAUGGUCCUCAGUGUGUGAAGAUGACUUUGACCUGCAGGAUGCAGAGGUGGUCUGUAGGGAGCUUGGCUGUGGGCCUCCUUUGCUCCUCCAGGGGGCGCUCUAUGGAGAAGUGGAGGCUCCAGUGUGGAGCAGAGAGUUCCAGUGUGGAGGCCAUGAGUCUGCUCUCCUGGACUGUGGAAGCUCAGGCUCAGCCAGAAGCAGCUGCUCACCUGGCAAAGCUGUUGGACUCACCUGCUCAGAGCCUGUCAGGUUGGUGGGAGGAGCCAGUCGCUGCACAGGUACACUGGAGGUGAAACACCUGGGAGAAUGGAGACGAGUGAUUGGCUCUGAUUGGACCCUGAAGCAAGCAGCUGUUGUCUGUGAACAUCUGGACUGUGGCUCUGCAGUUUAUGUAGGAGAGAGAGAGGAGUCCUCAGACAGAUCCAUGUGGGAGAUCAAACCUGACUGUGUUCAGGCUGGAGCUGCUCUGAGGGAGUGUGCAACAUCAGCUCUCACUUCCUCCAUCUUGGAUCUCACCUGCUCUGACUCUGUCAGGCUGCUGAACGGUUCCAGUCUGUGUUCAGGCAGACUGCAGGUGAAGUCUAACCAGAGAUGGUCCUCAGUGUGUGAAGAUGACUUUGACCUGCAGGAUGCAGAGGUGGUCUGUAGGGAGCUUGGCUGUGGGCCUCCUUUGCUCCUCCAGGGGGCGCUCUAUGGAGAAGUGGAGGCUCCAGUGUGGAGCAGAGAGUUCCAGUGUGGAGGCCAUGAGUCUGCUCUCCUGGACUGUGGAAGCUCAGGCUCAGCCAGAAGCAGCUGCUCACCUGGCAAAGCUGUUGGACUCACCUGCUCAGAGCCUGUCAGGUUGGUGGGAGGAGCCAGUCGCUGUGGAGGUACACUGGAGGUGAAGCAAUUGGAAGAAUGGAGACCAGUGGAUGGGUAUGACUGGACCCUGAAGGAAGCAGCUGUUGUCUGUGAACAUCUGGACUGUGGCUCUGCAGUUUAUGUAGGAGAGAGAAAGGAGUCCUCAGACAGAUCCAUGUGGGAGAUCAAACCUGACUGUGUUCAGUCUGGAGCUGCUCUGAGGGAGUGUGCAACAUCCUUUAUAUCUGUCUCCACCCUUGAUGUCACUUGCUCAGACCUGCUCAUUCAGCCAAUCAUCUCUGUGUCCUACUCCAUGGACGGGGUCUCCCAGGCCCAGCUGCAGGGGCUUCAGGUGUUUAGGGGCUCCAGCUUCACCAUCAGCUGCUCCACUCAGCCACAGUACCCUGGAGGCGCCUUCCAGCUCACCUUCACCUCCUCCAUCACGUCAUUCAACUACACCCAGCCAGCUGUUAAUCAUUCUUCACACUUCCUGUUUCCGGUCACAGAGCCCGCCCACCAAGGAAACUACAGCUGUGUUUAUCACGUCUACGUUUUCUCCCAUAACUUCUCCUCUGAGAGCCGUCAGCUGUCUGUGUCUGUCUCAGAUCAUCCAGAUCUCACAGGCUUCAUCAUCAGAGCGCUCGUCCUGCCACUGAUCCUGCUGUUGGAGAGCGUUGUUCUGUAUCUCUACUGUAAGACCAGCAGGGGGCAGAAGCUGGGCAGACGGGAGAACAACAAGCACCACAUCACCAACAAGUGGUAUACGGCUACUUGUUGUUAGGGUGUGGUGGUUAGAGAGCAAAUAAGAUGGGUGUGAGUUUAGCAGAAUUUUCAGAGCAUCUCCACCUAAUGGUUGUUCCCCCACGAAGACUGGAGCUAAUGCUCUGUUGUGUUGUACUGGAGGCUGAGAGGAGAAGGUUGCUGCCACGGCUAACACACACUGAGACUGUGGACUUGGAAGAUAACACCCAUGAUCCGCCCUUGGACCAACAAUGAUGAUGAACCAGUGCCACACUGCCAUGUUGAUGAUGGUGCCGGUCUGCUGCUUCCUCCAAUCAACUCAUCACAGCCCACUGAACAGUCCAUCAGAGAAUCUUUAACUGCCAACCACACCUGUCAGACCAGAUGUACUGUGGAAAACCCUUGAAAUGACAGAAACAAUCAACAUGAUUUUGUUCUCAUGCAUCUGUCUACAUGACCUUCUGUGGUUACCCACGAUUACAAAGGAGAGGAGCACAACAUUAUCCUGGGGCCCUGGAGAAGAGACGAGGCAGUUUUAAUGGCACUAAUACAGCAGCUGUGCCUCAGCAGAGCCAUAUGAUUGAAUUUUGUGAAUCUUUCUGACUUUGGAAAUUGAUUAUUUGUUAUAAUUGACAAAUGAAUUAAUUAUGACUCUUGAUUUUUUAUUCUGAAGAGAAUGUUUUUCGAACAUUAAAGUCCCAAAAUCCACGAAUCAAAAGGAGUCGAACCUGCACUUUAACCAACUUAUCACUGAACUCAGAGAAGGAGACUGGCCUUUCUCAUUUUCUAAAAGUUGUAUGUUACUGACCAAGAAUUUGACUUUUGAAUUAUAAUUUUGAUUCCUUAUUGGUUUAAAAUCUUUUGCUUUAUUGACUUUUAAUGAAGUGUUUUGCUAAUUUCAUGAGAGCGUUGCUUAUUUUCCACAAACAAAAUUAUUUUCUAAUAACAGAUAAUAAGAAAAUGUUACAA